CAGCCUAUUUAAGAGGAGAAGGAAACAGCUCAGAAUCUCAUUCUCCUGCCGGACCGAUCGGAAUAGGACUCAUUACACUCGCACUUACUUUUUGAGUUCUUGCUGCAAUGAAGGAAACUAUGAUAGGAUUUCUCGUGCUGGCUCUGCUGGCCUUCCAGACUGAGAUGACUGCAGGCCAAAUAAGUUCAACUCAACCCAAUGUGGCAACUACUCUGGCCACAACAAAUGCAACUCAAACCCAAGUUUCAACUAGUUCAACUCAAAGCAGUCCGGCACCUUCAGCUACAAGUUCAACUCAAAGCACUCCGGCACCUUCAGCUACAAGUUCAACUCAAAGCACUCCGGCACCUUCAGCUACAAGUUCAACUCAAAGCACUCCGGCACCUUCAGCUACAAGUUCAACUCAAACCAGCAACCCAACAAGUCUGACUCCAUCAAGUGCAUCCACCAGCACUACUCCAUCAAAAUCAUCUGCCGCUACUAAUCACACAGUGACCAUGAAUACCAACGGCACCAUGGUAACAACAAGCAAAACCACCAUUCUGACGACGGAAUCAUCAGGCUACUCUGUGACUGCUGGUGUCACCUGUGUUCUUCCAGUUCUCUUUUACACGCUGUUGAACUGAACAUGUUUGUUCAAACCGGGAUCAAAAUAAGCCUGGCUGUUUAAGAAAGAGUUGCACUUGUAACUGUAGUAUAAAAUGUGGUAUGUUAUAAGAUGAUCAUUAAUUAUUUUACCUUUUAUCCAUUUUUAUAUCUUGUAAUAACAUGCUUUACUGCAUAUGACAGCUGACAUCAGUCAAGAAUGUGCGCUUUUUUGAUUUUAUGCUUCAAUGUCUAAUCUAUAAUGAUUCAUAAGUGAUAAAUAAUGUCUACAUACAAUAUGGAUGCUUUAUAAAACUGGAACAUUAUUUUAUUCUUUUUAAAUUAAAAUAGGAAGGUAGUGAACAAAGUGUCCACCGUAAUCUAAAACUUAUUUAAAAGUCUUGUCUAAGCAUUUCAGUUGUAUAUCUCAUGAAACCAGGUUGAAAAAAUAAUUCUAUGCUGUGAAGAGCCGUAACCUGGCGAUGUUAAAAAAAAGCAGAAUUUAAGAUUUGUGUUUCAUAUAUUGCUUAACCGUAAAAUUGUGUCAAUGCUGAUAAUGCACCGAUGUACUGAUACACGCGUAUAAACACAUCUUUAAUGUGACACAUGGCAUUUCCAUUGAAGUUUAACAUAAAAUGUUUAAUAAGUAA